AUGUACGGCUGCACACCCGGAGGUCCUGGGUUCGAGUCCCGGGUCGGGCCAAGUUUAGUUAUUGAGUCUUCUUGUAUAGUAAGUCUCAGUAACAGCCCGGAGUUGGGAAGUUGGCGGUGUUUCACCCCCGUGCCUCGGAGAGCACCUCGGACAGCGGAGUCCGAUGAGGAGGCUCCAUCUCUUCACAUCAUGGCUAGAUCAUUAGUAUAUAAUGUCGGCGAGAAGAAGGGUAUCUUUUGCAAAGGAAAGAAUUUAAAGGAGUCUAUCGAGUGGUACUCGCCAUCCGGCAAAGUCGAAGCACUGUCUUCUAAAAACGACAGAGUGUUUGUAGAGAGACAACGAAACGACACAUUGCCACUCAUCAUCAUCAGCGCUCAGCUCGAGGAUACCGGCAACUGGACUUGUAAAUCUGGUGAACUGGAGCAAACGCUUAAAAUUGUUGUUGGUGAAAAAGUAAACCUAAGUCCAAAGGAACAAAAUUUAGAUGGUGAAGAGACUAAAUCUAUAAAAUUUGACUGCGUAGCAAAAGGUCACCCACGUCCUGUCGUGCAAUGGUACAAUGCUAAAGGAACAAUUACUGAUGAGCGAAAAAAAUAUAUUCUCAAACAAAAAGGGGAUAACUAUCAAUUAGAAAUCAGAAAUUUGACUCACCUCGACACAGGCGAAUAUUGGUGCAAAGCUACACAAGAGGCACUGUCUUACUAUAGCUUGAAACGUGUAUUUCUUACUGUUCAACACAAACCUAUUAUUUUCAACCACGUCACACAAGAAAUGUACUACUCUAAGUACACUACUGAAGAAGUUUACGCUAUUAUGAAUGAAACUAAGAACAUCACAUGCAGUGUCACCGCACAUCCUCCACCUACCUUUAAGUGGAACAAACGAGUCAACAACUUUGAUGAAGAAAUAAACGAAGAGGAUAUCUUUGAUUAUAGCCCUAACCCUUCCAACGGUACCCGCAGCUACUCAGUACUACAACUCAAGUUAUACAGCGAAAAUGACUUAGGAGAAUACAAAUGCUCUGUUUCCAAUGAAAAGGGUCACGUCUCUAUUGUGUUCCAUGUCCAAUUAGGAAAUAAGCCAAAUCCACCAGAUUCCGUUACAUUUGUGUCAGCGACAGCAUCUGAAUUAACAUUCAACGUCACCUGCUCUACAUGUAAUUUUGUUGAACAAGAAGAAAUGUCUCCAAACCCGGCUAAUUUAACUGUUUUAGGAUAUACUUUCGAGCUUGUUCCAGUCCGUACAGAAUACCCUGCAGAUUGGAAUUCAGCAACAGAGUUUAACGUUGACAUUAAAUAUUCAAAUGAUACACUUUUCUCGGUGGGCCCACUUGCUAACAUGACGGCGUACCACGUCCGCGUAAGCACACGCAACGCUGCAGGAAACUCGGAAUGGUUUGAAAUCACCGAAACCCCCUCCACAAGUUUUGCUACCACAAUGUUACUCUCUUUUACGUUAUUCCUUGCCACCGUUCUUCUUAAUAGCUGUUAU